CCUUGCUUGACAACCAGGCACGUCUAGGUUUUCCCACUCGCUUCGGACUUAAAACGAAUCCCGCCUUUUGGGCACUUGGGUUUUUCGUGCCUUCUUUACCGAGCACCCGCUGGCGUCGAGCGGCGUAUUUUAAACUGGGCUCUCGGAAACGGGCAGAGUUUUUCCCCCAAGUGGGACGGGGUGGGGGCUGAACCCAUCCGACGCCGGCUCCAGCGGGGAAUGUACCGGUACUGUCCUGCGGCUUGGCGGGCUGACUAGCCCCUGGCUCUCCCCCGGCCCCAGCGACCAUGCCCCGCAAAGGCACCCAACCUUCCACCGCCCGGCGCAGAAGGGAAGAGCCGCCUCAGUCCCCGGACGGCACCAGCAGCGACGCGGAGCCGGAACCCCCGCCCGGCCGCGCGGGCAGCCCGGCCCCUGCUACCGCAGAGACACCAAGUGAGGAAAUUGAUAAUAGAAGUUUAGAAGAAAUUUUGAAUAGCAUCCCUCCUCCCCCGCCUCCAGCAAUGGCCAAUGAAGCUGGAGCUCCUCGGCUUAUGAUAACUCAUAUUGUAAACCAGAACUUCAAAUCCUAUGCUGGGGAAAAAAUUCUGGGACCUUUUCAUAAGCGCUUUUCCUGUAUUAUUGGGCCAAAUGGCAGUGGCAAAUCCAAUGUUAUUGAUUCUAUGCUUUUUGUGUUUGGCUAUAGAGCACAAAAAAUAAGAUCUAAAAAACUUUCAGUACUAAUACACAAUUCCGAUGAACACAAGGACAUUCAGAGUUGUACUGUAGAGGUUCAUUUUCAGAAGAUAAUUGAUAAGGAAGGGGAUGAUUAUGAAGUCAUUCCUAACAGUAACUUCUAUGUAUCCAGAACUGCCUACAGAGAUAAUACUUCUGUCUAUCACAUAAGUGGGAAAAAGACAACGUUUAAGGAUGUUGGAAAUCUUCUUCGAAGCCAUGGAAUUGACCUGGACCAUAAUAGAUUUUUAAUCUUGCAGGGUGAAGUUGAACAAAUCGCUAUGAUGAAACCAAAAGGCCAGACUGAACAUGAUGAGGGUAUGCUUGAAUACUUAGAAGAUAUCAUUGGUUGUGGACGGCUAAAUGAGCCUAUUAAAAUCUUGUGUCGGCGAGUUGAAAUAUUAAAUGAACACAGAGGAGAGAAGUUAAACAGAGUUAAGCUGGUGGAAAAGGAAAAGGAUGCCUUAGAAGGAGAGAAAAACAUUGCCAUUGAAUUUCUUACCUUGGAAAAUGAAAUAUUUAGAAAAAAGAACCAUGUCUGUCAGUAUUACAUUUACGAUCUGCAGAAGCGAAUUGCUGAAAUGGAAACUCAAAAGGAAAAAAUUCAUGAAGAUACCAGAGAAAUUAAUGAGAAGAGCAGUAUACUGUCAAAUGAAAUGAAAGCUAAGAAUAAAGCUGUAAAAGAUGUAGAGAAGAAACUGAAUAAAAUAACAAAAUUUAUUGAAGAAAACAAAGAAAAAUUUACACAGCUGGAUUUGGAAGAUGUUCAAGUUCAGGAAAAAUUAAAACAUGCUUCAAGUAAAGCCAAGAAACUGGAGAAACAACUUCAGAAAGACAAAGAAAAGGUUGAAGAAUUUAAGAGUAUACCUGCCAAGAGUGAGAAGAUCAUAACUGAAACAACAGCUCGAAACAGUGCUCUAGAGAAGGAAAAAGAGAAAGAAGAAGACAAAUUAAAAGAAGUUAUGGAUAGCCUUAAACAGGAAACACAGGGGCUUCAGAAGGAAAAAGAGAGUCGAGAGAAAGAACUUAUGGGUUUCAGCAAAUUGGUAAAUGAAGCACGUUCAAAGAUGGAUGUUGCCCAAUCAGAACUUGAUAUCUAUCUCAGUCGUCAUAAUACUGCAGUGUCUCAAUUAAGUAAGGCCAAAGAAGCUCUAAUUACAGCUUCUGAGACUCUCAAAGAGAGGAAAUCUGCAAUCAGAGAAAUUGAAGCAAGACUCCCUCAGUCUGAACUGGAAUUAAAGGAGAAAGAAAAAGAACUUCAAAAACUUACACAAGAAGAAAUAAAAUUAAAAAGUUUGGUUCGUGAUCUCUUUCAAAAAGUUGAAGAAGCAAAGAGUUCCUUAGCAAUGAAUCGAAGUAGGGGGAAAGUCCUUGAUGCAAUAAUUCAAGAAAAGAAAUCUGGCAGGAUUCCAGGAAUAUAUGGAAGAUUGGGGGAUUUAGGAGCAAUUGAUGAAAAAUAUGAUGUUGCUAUUUCCUCCUGUUGUCAUGCAUUAGACUACAUUGUUGUUGAUUCUAUUGAUACAGCCCAGGAUUGUGUGAACUUCCUUAAAAGACAAAAUAUUGGAGUUGCAACCUUUAUAGGUUUGGAUAAGAUGACCGUGUGGGCAAAUAAAAUGACCAAAAUUCAAACUCCUGAAAAUACUCCUCGGUUAUUUGAUUUAGUAAAAGUAAAAGAUGAGAAAAUUCGCCAGGCUUUUUACUUUGCUUUACGGGAUACCUUAGUUGCUGACAAUUUAGACCAAGCCACAAGAGUAGCAUAUCAAAAAGAUAGAAGAUGGAGAGUGGUGACAUUACAGGGGCAAAUCAUAGAACAGUCAGGUACAAUGACUGGUGGUGGAAGCAAAGUAAUGAAAGGAAGGAUGGGUUCAUCAGUUGUUGUUGAAAUCUCGGAAGAAGAGGUAAAUAGGAUGGAAUCCCAGUUGCAGAGAGAUUCUCAAAAAGCAAUGCAAAUCCAGGAGCAAAAAGUGCAACUGGAAGAAGCAGUAGUUAAGUUAAGGCAUAAUGAGCAAGAAAUGAGGAAUACACUAGAAAAAUUUACUGCAAGCAUCCAGCGUUUAUCAGAGCAAGAAGAAUAUUUGAAUGUCCAAGUUAAGGAACUUGAAGCUAAUGUACUUGCUACAGCCCCUGACAAAAAAAAGCAGAAAUUACUAGAAGAAAAUGUUAGUGUUUUCAAAACAGAAUAUGACAACGUGGCUGAGAGAGCUGGAAAAGUAGAAGCUGAGGUUAAAAGAUUACACAAUAUUAUCGUAGAAAUCAAUAACCAUAAACUCAAGGCCCAACAAGACAAACUUGAUAAAAUAAAUAAGCAAUUAGAUGAAUGUGCUUCUGCUAUUACUAAAGCCCAAGUAGCAAUCAAGACUGCUGACAGAAAUCUUAAAAAAGCACAAGACUCCGUCUUUCGCACAGAGAGAGAAAUAAAAGACACUGAGAAAGAAGUAGAUGAUUUAACAGCAGAACUAAAAAGUCUUGAGGACAAAGCGGCAGAGGUCGUAAAGAACACAAAUGCUGCAGAGGGGUCCUUACCGGAGAUCCAAAGAGAACAUCGUAAUCUACUUCAAGAACUAAAAAUAAUUCAAGAAAAUGAACAUGCUCUUCAAAAAGAUGCACUUAGUAUUAAGUUGAAACUUGAACAAAUAGAUGGUCACAUUGCUGAACAUAAUUCGAAAAUAAAAUAUUGGCAAAAAGAGAUUUCAAAAAUAUCAUUGCAUCCCAUAGAAGACAGUCCUCUUGAAGAGAUUGCAGUUUUAACCCCAGAGGAUCUUGAAGCAAUCAAGAACCCAGAUUCUAUAACAAAUCAAAUUGCACUUUUAGAAGCCCAGUGUCAUGAAAUGAAACCAAACCUUGGUGCCAUUGCAGAGUAUAAAAAGAAGGAAGAAUUAUAUUUACAGCGGGUAGCAGAAUUGGACAAAAUUACUUGCGAAAGAGAUAAGUUUAGACAGGCAUAUGAAGAUCUACGGAAACAAAGGCUUAAUGAAUUCAUGGCAGGUUUUUAUAUAAUAACAAAUAAAUUAAAGGAAAAUUACCAAAUGCUAACUUUGGGAGGUGAUGCUGAACUGGAGCUUGUAGACAGCUUGGAUCCUUUCUCUGAAGGAAUCAUGUUCAGUGUUCGACCACCUAAGAAAAGUUGGAAGAAGAUCUUCAAUCUUUCAGGAGGAGAGAAAACACUUAGUUCAUUGGCUUUAGUAUUUGCUCUUCACCACUACAAACCUACUCCUCUGUACUUCAUGGAUGAGAUUGAUGCGGCCCUUGAUUUUAAAAAUGUGUCCAUUGUCGCAUUUUAUAUAUAUGAACAAACAAAAAAUGCCCAGUUCAUAAUAAUUUCUCUUCGAAAUAACAUGUUUGAGAUUUCAGACAGACUUAUUGGAAUUUACAAGACAUACAAUAUAACAAAAAGUGUUGCAGUAAACCCAAAACAAAUCGCAUCUAAAGGACUUUGUUGAAUUUAUUUAUAGCCAGGAUUCCUUAAAUUGAAUCAGCGUAGAUUGAGCAUAUUGUAUUAUUGAUUUUCUAUUUGUAAAGGACUAUAAAUUAUGUAAAAUAUAUAUUCCUAAACUGGAUCAUAUAACUAACUGGUUUCUAGUUUAUGCUAUUAGGAGAUAGGUUAAAUAGUCUAAUAAAAUAUUCUAGGGACACCUGA